AUGGCGAAGCUUGUUACAAAGGAAGCGUUCGAGUGCGAUCCAGAUUUUUGUCCUCGCUGUGGUUCCAUCCUUCCUCUUCCUGGUGUAUCGGAUGUUGUUUCCUGUAUUCUGUGCGACUUCAAAAAAGACGCAUCUGGUAAUACUUCACAGAGAAGUUUUGGUUUUUAAAAUUCGAUGAGAAGCUGAGGAACUCGAUUUCCACAAGUUUCUACUUACAGGAAAAUAACUCUUGGUAGAUGAUCACAUUCUUUCGAAAGAAAUAUUUUGAAGAUUGACAGUUUAGACCGUCACGACGAAAGUUUAUGGUAGCAGUUUUUUCUUUUUUUUUUUCUUUUUCAUAGAUCAGCCAGAUUUUUUUAUUUUUUGGUUGUUGUUGUUGUUGUUUUUUUAAUCGUUUAGCUGUUGUUAAGGAACUAUUAAAUGGGGUUCUAUCAAAUAAUGGAAUACCUAUGUAGGUUGCAGUACUCAUAAGGUCUCAACCUCUUUAUAAUUUAAUCUUUUCCUGGUGGAGCCUCAGCACUCUGUCAGAAACUGUCUUUAUGUGUGCUAUAACAUAACUAGUAAAUUGGAAAAUUAAAUAUCAUUGUAUAAGUAUGCCUCACAUUGCCAUUGUGCACACAGAAGCACAAUCUCAGGUUUUCAAUCCAUUUUGCACAGCACUUCCCAUUUCCAACACUAGACUAAUCAUAACAGACACAAAGAGACAAGCAAAGUUAUCAUAACCAUUAUACUUUUCACUUUAUUUUUUAUGUUUUACAGAAUUUGAGGAUAUAGAAGUUCACUCACGAAAGGUGUUCAACAUUCCAAAAGAGAAAGCAACCGCUUUGAAAGAUUCAGAGGAACCAAUAGGGCCUAUGGUAAGAUAGUGGUUUCUUGUCUAGUUAGUAGCUAUCAUUUUAGCAGUCCUUAAUAUUUUGAUAUACUUCUGAAGUUAUGUAAAACUUUGUAUUAACUUGCUAUAUACAUAAUUACAGUAACCAUGAAGUUUACUUAAGGCUUGAAAGCUAAUAAGAAUCAACUGGCCAAUGUUUCUAGUGUUUCAUGAGUUAGAUUUCCAAGGUACCCAAGAAUAUUCAAGUAAAGCAAUGAUCUUUGCAGAUGACCUGCACCUAACCUUUUAACUCCUAGAAGUGAUCAAUAUGGAACUUCUCCUGAUAAUGUCCUUACAUUAUCCAGCAAACAGCUAAUGAGAAUGUGUAAACUUAUGAGUUAGAAACUGUUGUCUUGAUCUAACACCAAGUUCUCAUAACUAAGUCACAAGGAAAUGUGUAACAACUAGAGGGGAGAAUUACCAAUCAGUUCUUGGGAGUUAAAGGGUUAAGCAAUUGCAGAGAAGGAACCUGAAUAAAAAAAAAAUUCAGGCUUUGACAGGAUUAGAAUCCAUGCCUACUAGAUACUAGCUGGAUGCUAUUACUAACUGAGCUAUGAGGACUUUUAAGUUUUCAAAUUUUCUCCUUAACCCUUUACACCCUAACAUCAGUAUUCAUAUUCUCCAUACUGUUCUCUGUACAUUUACUAAGGUACUGACAAGGAGAAUUUGUCUAACAAUCAAGAGUUUCCUUAGUUGUUGAUCAUUUCCUUUAUUCUCAUGACAUUAAUGUGUGAUUCAGUGGUGAUAUUGCAAAGAGAAAUUAGAUGCCAGUCACUCUUAGGGGUUAAAGGGUUCAUUUUGAUAAAUUCUUUUCAGGCUGACAGAAAAUGUUCAAACUGUGGACACGAAGGCAUGACAUACACCACAAGGCAAACUAGAUCUGCUGAUGAAGGCCAAACAGUGUUCUUUAGCUGUCCACAUUGCAAGUAAGAAACUGAUGAUGUAAUGUUGCAUUAACAGCCAAUACAAAGUAGACAUUGGAGUUUUGUUUAUUUGCCAGGUUGUCUCUAAGAUGCUGUUUGUGUUACUUUUUGUUAGUCUGUUUUCUUCAGUCUGUUUUUGGACAGGCCAAUUUUUCAGGCUUUAAAUGUAGUCAAUGUGAUUAGCUCCUAGCACAUCAUGUUGGUGCAUAGCCGAACAUUGUGAAAUUUUUAAUUAUGUUUUUUGUUUCAGUCUCGUUUUCCCCUUGGUUUUAUUUUAAACUUUAUGAUCAAGUGGGGUGUAUUCCUCAAAGUGAUGAAAUUAAAAGAUGAAUCAUGUAGUACACAUAGCUAGAAAUUGUGACUGUAAUCCAUCACAGUUGCACUGUCUAAUGAACUAUAUCAAUUUACAUAUUUUUAUGUUUGGUAUUCACUAAUAAAGUUUUCUAUUCUUUUCUUUCUUCAGGAUUCAGGAAACAGAGUAUUCUUAAGGAUUUCUGUGGUUUAAAUCAUUCAUGCAUUUGCAAACAUCUUUGCAUGUUAAUGCCAGUAGCACAGAAACAACAAUCCCUGCUUUGUUGUGCGGGCUUCUUUUUGGAGUUUCUGUCUGCAUUUUGUAAGAUACAACCAGCAUUCAUGCAUUUACAUGUAAUAUAGUAAAAAGUGCCUUGAGUAGUAAAACUGUAUGUCUUAUUUAAGACUUGAAGAUUCCCCCCAAAAAAAUAAAAUUAUACCCUACUUGGCAGAAUACACCACUCAUGGUAAAAUAUAGAAAUGCCUUAAGAAAAAAGCUUUCGCAUUAAAAAUAUUACAGCAAAAUGGAGAGUACUUUUAAUUUUCUUAAAAUAUCAAUUAAUGGAUUCUCUUGGUAUGAGCAUAUAGCUAACCAAGAAGACCAAACAACUGCUGAUAAAAAAAAGGAAACAACAACAAAAGUUACCAUCAACUCUCAACAAAUGGACUUAUUAUUGAUGGACACUCUCGUAACCGGACACUUCCACUUACAGACACUUUCUUCAAUUCCUGUUUGUGUUCAUAUAUGACGGAGUUGACUGUAUAAACCCAGAGUUUAUUUUUUAAAUGCACAUAUAUGCACCUGACACUUGAUUCCUAUCCUACUUUUGGCAGAAUACGGGACUUGAGAACGAAAAAUUGAAAAAACAAAAUAAACAACUAAGAGGAGGGAAAAUUUAAAAAGUGAUCGAGGAAUCAAGCUGCUAACUGACGCAAGAAAUCCGAGAAGUCCACUCCACUGGUAUAAUUUUCUAAAGCUUGGUUACCCUCACAAGCGCGGCUACCAAGUUUGAUGUUGAAGUUUAUGAUGAGUUCUGAUCGUUCGAUCGUUCGCAGAAACAAAAGAUUAUCGUCUGGUCAAGGAUUUACAUUAGUUGAGACCUAGCUUGUCGUGGUGGUGGAAAGGUAUAGGCUUACUUUGGAAUAAAUUAAGCAUAAUGUUUGUUUUCUAGGGGACAAAACCGUGUUGAUCCUGUGUCACGUCGGCGUCCCUUUUGUAGGACUGCAUGCGUUUGCAAUUUUUGGAAGGCUGAUAAGUCGCGAUUUAUUUCACCUCCUGUAACAGUGAGAUAGUGGACCGUUGUCGUCUCAGAACACACAAAAGGAGAAAAGAAACGAACACUGACAAUGUUGAAUUUAAUCAGUGUUGAUUUCAACCUAAGCUUGGUCAUAUACUCCAACUCCUCUCACUUCCCGCCUUCGAUGCUGAAUGAUCAAUUUUAUGCACUAGGAGAGGUUGCUUUCUAGUAACCAACAUUGCAAGGGAAAGUAAAGUGAAGGAUUGCGAAAGCUUUUACAGGGAUUGGUCAAAAUUUGAUGUUUUCAUGAACUUCCCAGUUACCUACAUGUAAUCAUGUUGAAGUUUGUUUAUCAGAACACUAUCGUUUUAUCAAUCCACUCUUAAUUGCAGAUCCCAUGAACCUGUCAUUUGCAGGCUGUGGUUUUCUUGGGGUUUACCACCUUGGAGUUGCAACUUGCCUAACAUCGCAUGCUCCACAGUUUUUAAAGAAUGUAACAGCCUUUGCAGGUGCUUCAGCAGGGUCACUUGUUGCUGCAGUGCUAGCAACAUCAGCUCCACUGGACAAAUGUUCAGAUUAUGUCAUAGAACUUACUCAUGAAGCUCGUAGACACCCUCUGGGGCCUUUUAACCCCCAGUUUGACUUGGUUGGGAGUUUAAGAAAAGGACUUGAACUUUAUCUUCCUUCAAAUUCCCACCGAAUUGCUUCAGGAAGGCUUUUUAUUUCUGUGACCAGUCUAAAGGACAGAAAGAAUGCAAUUCUGUCUGAGUUUGAUUCCAAAGAAGACUUAAUUCAGGUAAUACAUAAUUGAUAAAAAUGGCUAAGGUCUGGUAUGAGUUAAUGUAAAGGAGCAUUAUUGGUGAGGAAGCAGUGAGAAAUUCAGAAACUGCCCUAUAGGCAUAGCAAAGUGAAGUAGAGUACAAAGAAUUUGAAAUGCAUUCUAAAGCUGGUGAGUUUAGUUGCUGUUAACCCUUUAACCCCUAAUGCACUAGUCAAUGUAAACUCCCACACCCCCCAGCCGGGACAUAGCAGGGCAUUUGACAAGCACUCACUUCUAAAGUUGCAAAAUGCCCCAGACCCCAAGGUCAGGUUUUUCCUUUAAUUGAAGCUAAUGACCCUGCUCAUAUCCCCCGCUCUUGUUGAGUGGAAGACACAGGCUAAUGUAAAUGUAACACAGGCUAAUAUAAAUUAUUUGUCAAGUAACGCAUGUCGCUGCAUACAAUGCUUUUCAAAUGGUAUAAAAUGUUUGUGGUGCCAUCUUGCCAGACUAGCGAUUCUUGACCCAGUCCACCUUGGUGGAAAAUACCCUGGUCCACUCCCCUGCUGUUCAUGGAUGACAUGUAAAAGAGGUCAACGUCCCCGAUACCUGCAGCCCUUUCACUCAUCAAAUAACAGAAAAUUCCCCACAAAUACCCCGCUAUGUCCCGACUGGGAGAGUGCAGGGGUGUACAUUGACUGGUGCAUAAGAGUUCCUAGCACCUAAUUUCUCCUUCGAAUAUCACCCUUGAAUCAAACAGUAAGGUCACAAGAAUUAUGGAAAUGACCAACUAACAAAGCUCUUGAUUGUUUAACAUAUUCUCCUUGUUAGCACCAUUAGAAAUUUUUAGAGAACAUUGUGGAGAAUAUGGAUACUGAUAUUAGGGUGGGAAGGAUUAUUAGUCAGCUCUCUAACCCAUUUAAACCUCAGAUCUCUGCAUAUGAAAGGAAACUGGUGGCAGUGAAAGCAAAAAGUUUAAAGAUUUUGUUUUGUCCAAAACACAUUGUAAAUGUGAUUGAUUCAAUAUUAGCUUUGAUAGGAUCUAAGGUAGAAAUAUUUGCAACAUUACAUUUAGCUGCUGAAGGAGGGAAACCUUAAACCAGUUUAAAGGCCUCCUGGUAUAUUUUUAUGAAGUCCUUGUCAGUUUAAAGUAAAGACUGCUAAUUUUUUGAUGAAUGGUGUUAAGUUAUGCUAUUUGGUGGUACAUUUUUCCUAAUGUUCAUACAGAAAAGCAGCACCCCUGAUUUGUUUUGAAAAUUUUAUGAAGAGAGGUUUAUCUUAUAGGCCUGUUAUGGUAGUUUAAUAACCUGUGUAUGAGUUACUUAAACUAGCACCUGUUUCUCACAUAGUACUAGGUUUAGGUUUUAGACAGCCAUGACCCUAUUAUGGAAAUGUUAUUCAACUGUACUCUCUUUAGAGAACCAGACUUUUGUAUUCUAUUAUUUGAUCUCUUGCCUUCUUAGGAAAUGAGACUCCUUGCCUUGUAUUCAUGCUCUGUUACAGUACAUUUGCACAUCAUGCUCUAUUACAGUACAUUUGCACAUAGUGUACUUGCUAGUAAAGAAACUUCUAUAACAGGCCACAUUGAAUUAAAGAUUGAAGUAAUGAUUUUCCUUCUCUUUCUGCUUCUUUUAAGGUUUUGCUGGCAAGUUGUUAUAUUCCUUUCUAUGCUGGACUGAGCUUUCCCAGAUUUAGAGGUCAGGUAGGGUAUUUUGGUUUGUCUAUUUCUUUGCAUUGUUAUUUUAACCCUUUAACUCCCAAGAUCUGAUUGUCAAUUCUCCUCACUAGCUGCUACACAUUUCCUUGUAAAUUUGUUAUGAGAAUUUAGUGUUAAAUCAAGAUGACAACUUCAACCUGAUAAUUCUGAGUAUUCUCAUUACCUUUUUGCUAGAUAAUGUAUAGAUAUGAUAAGGAGAAGUUACGUGUUAAUCACUUGUAGGAGUUAAAGGGUUAAUUUGCAGUUUUCUUACAUACACUGUUAUUAAACAAAAUUAACCAGUCCCUUUAUUAGAAACAAGAGCAGAUUCCAGUUAACUUAAAUUUACAUACCAAUCAAUUUAACCCUUUCCACCCUAACAUCAGUAGGCAUAUUCUCCAUACUUUUUUUCUAUCAAUAUCUAGUAUUGACAAGGAGAAUUUGUUGAAUAAUCAAGAGCUUCUUUAGUUGGUGAUCAUUUCCUUUAUUCUCAUGACCUUAAUGUGUGAUUUAGGGAUGAUAUUGUAAUGAGAAAUUAAAUGCUAGUCACUCUUAGGGGUUAAAGGAAUUUCAACAAAAUUUAGAUGUCCUGAUUGCUUGUUUCCUGUAUUGGAAGGGAACCAAUUGUGUACAGGUGACCCCUGGUAACAGUUAAUACACUACAAAAGAGAACCAGAUUUUUUAAAAUGCAUAUGUAAAUAAAAAUGUGAUAGUAUAGAGAAACUGCCUUAAAAACUGAAUUUGAUAGGAAAGAGGGAAUUCUUUUAAAGUGACAUGUAUGUCCUCUAAUGUUGAUAUUUGAGUAUUAAAUUAUGCCAUGCUCAUAACAGAUAAUGAUAAAGGAAUCAAAUGGUGAGUGGUGUAAAAAUGCAUACAACAACAAAGUAAUGGUGUAAGGCCGGGCGUUCAUAAAACCUUCUGCUUUUCCUAUACAUACACUUUUAUAAGAUAAAGCUUACAAACUUAGAGACUGCAAAAUGAUUGCAGUCUAGUUUCAAUUUCUGUCUGCAUAGGCCUCUUUUAAUUGCACUAGAACCUUUCAUCAAUAAAGGCACUCAGGAUGCACCAGUUUUUCCAACCUUGCUUUACUUGGAACUGUGACAUCACAUUGCAGAAAAUUUCAAGUAGAAACUGUUGUAACUUUACAUACGCCUUGGUUUUGGCUCAAAAGAGGUAAUGGUUUGUGCUAUUUAUCUUGGCAAUGAUAUCGUACUGUGAAAUACCAACUCAGAGCACAGAACCCUAACCAUUGUUUCUUAUCCUCUAACCCUUUAACUCCCAACAGUGAUUAAGAAGUAACUUCUCCCUAUAAUAUCCAUACAUCAUCAACAAAACAGGUAAUGAGAAUACUCAAACUUAUCAGGUAGAGGUAUCUAACACCAAAUUCUUGUAGCUAAGUCAAAAGUAAAUGUGUAGCAGCUAGAGGAAAGAAUUAGCAAUCAGACUUUGGGAUUUGAAGGUUUAAGAGCCAUUUACACCAUUAUACCAGCAUAAAGAUUCUCGUCACUGUUCUCUGUACAAAUGCUAAUUGGGGCUGACAAGGUUAAAUCUAUGGAACAAUCCAGAGUUCAGAUACUAAUCAUUUCUUUUAUUCUCAUGACAUUAAUGUUUGAUUUAACAGUGCUACAGUAAAGAGAAAUUAGAUAUUAGUCACUCUCAGGGUUUAAAAGAGUUAAUUUAGACUCUACUAAUGUACCACGACACCACUUCUCCCGCCGUGUGGCAAAGGGUAAGGUUUUAUCCCAAGGUUUAUACAGGUAACCUCUGCAUGUAUCUCGUUUUCUCUGCAGAAAUGGGUAGACGGUGGACUUAGUGAUAAUUUACCAAGGCUUCCGUUCGGCCGAACUAUACGUGUAUCUCCAUUCAGUGGUAAUGGUAAUGAUAUAUGCCCACAAGACGAGUCUCGUGGUUUUACUGACGUCACUUUCCAUAAUAUGAAUGUCUACGUAAAUAGAGAGAAUCUUCAGAGAGAGUUGCAGAUAUUUAUUCCUCCCAAGAAAGAUGGGAUUGAGAGUUUAGUGCAGUUAGGUUUUAAUGAUACUCUGAGAUUUCUGCGAAAGGAGAACUUGUGCAAUUAUUCAGUGAAACCUCUUUCUCCAACUCUUCCCAUGAAACAUUUUCAUGAAUAGUGCCGUGUUCUAGUUGAAAUAACUGACUGUCACCUUGGUUGUCAUUUUAUUGUCGUAUCCCUCCAAAUCGAAAUUCAAUUGAUGUAUAGUUUUUACUUAAGACAGUACUUUUCAAUUGAGAUCAGGUUGGUGGUACUCUGGUCUGAGUUUUGAUGACGAAAAUCUAUUCUUAUCUGGGAUAUUGCCCACAUGCCUCAACGAAGAUGUUUUGAUAAUAAUUGUCAUUAUAUUACUAUCGAUAAUGAUAUUGGCUCAAUCCUCUUAUCAUUCCCAAGUCCCUUUUAAUUCUUGCCGGAUUAGUCGAUGCGUGGUUAUGGAGAUCAGGACAAUUGUGUCGCUGUACAGUGUGGGAAGAAUGCAUACAAAAAUUUUAUGCUGGUGUUUUUAGCCUGUUCUAGAGGGUUGUUGGUUUGACUUUUUUUAUUUACACACACCAUAUACCACUGGUGUCAGGGAAAUUAAGCUUUGAUUAGAGUGUUUUAUGGUUGGAGUUAGGCGGCCGUGGAUGAGCAGUAUGUUAUGACUCAGACAAUAACCCAAGAACAGUGUGUUACACAAUGCAGUAUAUAAAUGAAAGGUUAUUUAUUUUAUUACUUGUUUAAUAUUCUAAUCUAUUGGUUUACGGUUAGAAGUUUUGAUAAGUUUGAAGUGAGAACUAAAUCUGUUAUUUUAGUGUUCAUUCAUCUUUUUUAUGUCGUGGCAAUGGGUUGCCGUUUACUUUAUUGUUAUGUUAUGUUAAACAACACUCUUUGUGUUGUUGAUAUCUUAAAGUUAUACAGCAUUAUUUUAGUCGUCACUGCAACUUGCGUGUCGCUUCUUGUUCUCGUCUUCCUUGUGAAUCUCGUUUGUUAACUCUUUUAGUGCCAAGGUCCGCCAUAGUACAUGUAUAAAUGGAAUUAACUUGACCAGAAAGAUUCUGUAUUUACAUGAAGAAUAAAAUGUUAUAGGUUUUAGAUUUUCACCUCCGGCUGAAGACUAAUAGACCCGUUUCAGUCUUGGGGCAGAUCGUUAGUUCACCGCUGGAUGGAGGUGUUGCCUUAAAAGGCUCCAGAUUUCGUAAAACUAAAGCUAUAAUGUACCUUGAUGUCUCGUCAUCGUUCAUUUCGUAUCUCUGUGCAAUGACCCACUUUUCUAUUCGAAGCCAGGCGGGUUCCUUUCGUUGUGCGCAUGUACCCUCACAGUUCUUCUCUCCAACCAGGAGUGUAAAUAGCAGCCAGAUAGCUGUUGGAAAGACUUGAAGAGAUGCAGGGGGUAAUCUGUGAUGGCGUGGUAUUCCAUCCUGCAAGAGUUAUUAAACUCUCAAUCGCUCCUGUAACCCCCAAGAGUGACUAGCAUCCAAUUUCUCCUCAUAAUAUCACUCCCUAAUCACACAGAAUAGGUUACAAAAAUAACUGAGAUGAUCGCC